GUGCGGCAGAGAGCAGCCUGCUAGAAGGCGGAAAGUCAGUGACUCCCACCUCCUCUUCCAGCAGCAGAACUCCAGGGCUGCCUGGCCAGGGAUCCUCAGACACCUAGCCUCACACCAUGGGGACAGUAAGGAUGGCUGCAGUUUGGGAUUAUUAUAGAGCACACAGAAAUCAUUGCACUGUACGGCCAUGGGCAGGUAAUUAUUAAUACCUUAUUUAUUAUUUUAACCCCCUCCAGCCCAUCCCACCCCCCCUUUACACAAGCACACCCCCUCCAGAACAGGGUGUACUGUUACAUGGAGAUCUAGAUCUUGAUGGUGGUGCAUGGGGUCCCCUCUUGGUCUACAGGCAAAUGGCAAGGCGUUCUCAACAUAUGACAUGUUGCUCUAUAGGGUUAAUCUGUAGGGCUCUCAAUCGGAUUUACACAAACCUCUUGGCUCCAGAGGAAUUUGCUACGUGAUCUAAACAGGGGAUCUUAUCCCACAAAGGGAGCAUUUAUUGCAUUUGGCUUUCUCAGAGGUUAUAAUGCAUUUAUUUAAUAAUUUACAUUAUUAGCUGACCCAUAUCCAUCAUUUUAGCCGCUCCUUGUCCACGCUGUGUGACAUAUGUUUGUGAUCUUAGAAUGUUGGGGUUAGCCCAUGAGUUACAUUGUUACUUACUGGAUAUAUGGUAUAAUCCUGUCACUGGUAAUGCUAGUGUGUGUGUGUGUGUGUGUGUGUGUGUGUGUGUAUAUGUAUGUGUGUAUGUAUGUAUAUAUAUAUAUAUAUAUAUACACACACACACACACACACUUUUAUUUUAAUACCAAAUAAAAAACAGAUUUAGAAUUUUUUUAAUUUGUAUUGAAAUAAAGUCAGAAGUAUUAAUGCUGUCUUGGCUAGUCUAUAUGAGAAAGUCAGAUAAUUGCCUUUAAGUGGUAGCAACUUAUCCUCCUUUGAUAGCCCUGCCAGUUGCAGAAAUCUCUGCCCUGUACUUUUAUUAAGAGGUGGCCAUUUGAUAGCCAUGUCUACAGAGAAUUCAUUUGUCACUGCAUUUAUUAUAUUUUCCCUGAUGUAUAUGUUCUCUGUAUAAUCUUUACUGGUAUGUGCUUUUUGCAGGAUAUGUAUUUGUGGUAAGCUUGUUUGAGCAGUGUCCUCAUUAACCUAUUAUUUCUUUAACAUUUUGUAAUUUGUCUUAUUUAUUGCUAAACUUCCCCUUUAUAAUAUUGUAAAGCGCUGCGGAAUAAGUUGGCGCUAUAUAAAUGCCGAUGAUAAUAAGUAUCAUUUAAGUAGUAUCUGCAGGUAUAAGUGCUUAUUCAGAGCUUAUAACAUUGUGCAUUAUUCGUACGAAAUGAUUCUUAUUGGCCUUGAUGUAUUUUGACAUAAGCAAAGGAAAUCUAUAUUUUGAGAACACGAUGAUACGCCCAUUUAUCAUAUCAGUACACCACCAGCUGCCCAAGUAGAGUGGGUAUAUUGGGAUUUAAUGAGAGUGUGUUAAUACUGUAAAUAUAUAGACACGGCAAGAUUUGAUUUUUAUUAAUGCAGUUUUACAUUGCAUGGUUUGAAUUAAGCAGAAAUACUUAUAAAUAUUACAGGCGUUAUAAUGUAUAAGCACCAACAUAUACAGUAGAACUGUGCAAAGGAUAUGCAAACAAAUUUUCCCAAAUAUAACGUGAUUUACUAGUGUAUGCCAUUCCACUAUUUUAAGUAUUGAAUUGUGUUUUAUCUGUAACUAAGUUGGGGAUUUUAUUUCCAAAUCUGCUAUUUUUAUUUAUUUUUUACCCAAAGUUUGCCAUUUGGUGUCUUAUACACUGUUUACUUAUUUAAAACUCAUGUGCAAUCCAAGUUCUCGGACCAGAACACAGAACUAGUUCAGCAAGGGGUGCCAUACUCCCAAAAUGCAUAGGAAACCAAUUAGCGCCCUCAGGUGUGUAAAGCCAUACUUCAUUGGAAGAUCUAACAUUAGAUUGCAUUAAAGUCAAGGAAUUAGCGUAAAACGUAGAUUUUGCCCCAUACAUCUAUUUUAUUUUACUUUUCAUCACUUGUUCUUUAGUUAAUAAGCCCCUUUAUGUAUAUGUGUGGCACACUCCCCCUUUUAGCUCUCUACAUUUCCUGUCUUGCAGAGGCCACACAUUCCCCUUUUAUGUAUUUAAAGAAAAUACGUCAAUGGGUUCUGCCUUAUAAGCCGUAUCCCCUAAAUAAUAAGAAUUACUGUAUAGCCGUGAUAAAUAAGUUCUAUGGGCUAAUAGUGGCGUGAAGCGCAGCGUCCUGUCAUCAGGAUGCUAAAACUCAAGAUUAUGUCUGUCUGCUGUUUAACUCUCAUCACAUAACGCCAUAAAAAAAAAAAAAAAUCAGGGAAAUACCUAUCCUUUGGAACUCCAGCUGCAGUUCACUAUUAACAUGUUUAUCUAUUUAACAGGCAAUCACUCUAGAAAAGGGUUAUUGAAACUAUGCUACUCGGGAUUCUGUAAAGAAUGACAUCCUUUAUGUUUAGCCAUCCAGCUGCGUUAGGAAAACCCUACACAGCUGGGAGAAUUGACCAUUGGCCCUCCAGCUGCUGUAAGCUAUGACUCCCAUUACAAGCAGUCAUUGCACAGCUUAGAGCAGAUCCAGCAGAGCAGGUAUUGCCUCAACAGGUAGAUUGCUGUGGUUCUCCCGCAGCCUGAGUGCCAGAACAUUGCCUAUCCCAUUUCUGGAUACUUGGCAAACUUUAUUUUCAGCGAAAAAGUCUUAACUCCACCCUCCGCCACAAAACAAACACUCUGUAUUGAUUUUGCGAUGGCAUUGGCAUGAAAUUCUAGCUAGUUUGUGUUCCUGUUUGCAUCUGUCAGGUCUCGGCAGGCAGGACUUGGUGACAGAAUUCAGAGCUCUGGAAAUCUAGUUCAGCUGUUCCUGCAGCUCCCAGUCAGGUGCCAACCCUAUUGAGUAACAGAGGAGGGUGUGACUCCUGUUUGGCCAUGUGGAGUCGCUGUAGGACCCUUAUUCUCAUUUUACUAGUCUGUUAACCCCUUGAGUACCAGAAAGAUAAAGCAAUACUUCCAAUACGUUUGCCCACAACUCUUGACAAUUGUCCCCCAUAACUCAGGUACUUGGCAAGUGCAUCCACCUGUUCUUUGUUGGACUACAAAUAUUAACAUGGUUAGCCACAUAUUGAGGAGAUUAUAAAAUGUUUUUUGGCACCGAACCUAGAGGUUAUCUACAUGUUUAGGGUUUUUUCCAACUCUUUAACCCCUUAAGGACCAAACUUCUGGAAUAAAAGGGAAUCAUGACAUGUCACAUGUGUCUUUAAGGGGUUAAUCUCACCUUUUUAACAACCAUUUGGGAAUAUUUGUAACACAUUGAAAAGUGGAUGGAUGUUCUCUUCAGUCCUUGAAUUUUGCGUUAACCUUUUCAAUCUUAGGAAAGGCAUUUGCUCUGCUUUGUUAUUCGGGGAAGAGGUCAGCUAGUUAGCCAUAUCUGGUUACAGAUCAACUAGUGAUACGCAUGAUGGAUGUGCGCCAAAGGAAAUAAACACUGAGUUCCAAAUGUAGCUGGCACUGAGAGCCUGCUAAAUGCCAAAUGGUGCAGCAAGCCAGGUACUUUACCAGGAUCUGUUAUAUGAAAAGACAGAGUGCUCUGCAAUAAUGUAUUAGUACCAGUGCUGCAAUUUUGGACAAUGUUUUGGUCCAAAGUGGUCCUUUUUUUUUUUUUUUUUCAAACAUAAACUUUUAUAGUCCGCUCUAUAUAUUUGCCAUGUUCAGAUUGUAUUUGGCUUUGUCUCUCCAGUGUUUAAGCAGGUUAAAUCCAUGUGUGUCUAUAAAAUAUUGCUCAGCUCUUUGAUUCUCAUUAAGAGGGUAUCAUUGAAUUGAAAAGGGCAAAAAAAUUGAGCCUGCAGUUUCUGAAGAGAAGGAUACUAUGUCUGUGACAGUGACCGACAAACGUGAUGGUGAUAAAGUGUUGAAAUCUAUUUACUAAAAUAUUAACUGAAGAACAGACAUGCAAAAUUUAGCUCUGAAUAAGAAAUGUGCACAACCUAUUUUUAUAAAAAUAUUUUUCCUGCUUAAUUAAUUUGUCCACAAUUUGGAAACUUUGUUCUGAACAUGAAAUUGUAGGCUGGAUGUGACCCCAUUUGUUAUUGCAUUGUGUGUGUGUAUAUAUUUGUUAAAGUUCCUUCAUCUGCUGUAUUUGCACAGACAUAUAGCAACAAACAAGCUCUGCCAGACCAGGAAGAAGACCCUCAUUCUAGCUUAUGGGAACUAAUUUUAUCCCACAAAUUUACCCAAUAGAUUUUAAUGGGAUAAGCGGUUCCAUCCAUCAAAUGCAUGGUAGAACUGCUGAAUAAUCUUGGAGCAACCCUACCUUGUUUUAGAUUACUGACAGUCCUUUUCACAAGGCUAUACACAACAUUCUCUUGUUUCAUAGCUAAGAAUUUCUGCAGUUAGGUACAGGGGCCAUAAUGUCUUUGCAGAGCAAUUGCUUUGAAGCAAAAUUGUCAGUAGUGCGAUUUAUGCAAAGGAGAGUUUAUCAAAAGGUUGCUAUUGUUUAUUUUUAAAAUUCUCACUAGAUUAUUUUUUAUUUACAUGACUUGUCUGGUUGCCAGAGCAUGUAAAUUAAACUAACCCCAGCACACACAUGCACAAUUUCACAUAGUCAUACUGAAGGAAUGUCCUGAGUCGCAUGUGAUUCUGCAAUAUAUUACUGUAGAUACCCAAGCGCGUAUAAGCAUUAGGUGUCAUGGGGCUGCAUAAUCAACCUGAAAACAAAAGUGGGGUUUAGGUAAGUGUGUGUGUGUGUGUGUGUGUUUUGUUUUUUGUUUUUACUUACCUGUCAUGCAUUAUUUAACUCAGUAAAGACUACAGUAAUUUUUAUAUCGCCAUUGGCAGAGAACAAAGUACAGUCUCAUCCAGACAAGUGACCGUUCCGUUUUUAAGUCAUCCCAAAGUUUAGUAAGUAGAACCACGUAACAAUAUUCUAGAAUACUUAGGAUAUGCUUCACGCAAGAAGAAAAGUUAAAUCUGUGCAUUGAAGAAAACUGCCAACUGGUUCUUAUCAGCCUUCAUAAUCUAAGCAUCUGGGUUCCAAAAAAUUCUCUAUGUGGGGCUGAAUAUUUAUCAAAAGCUGUCAGCUGUAGCUAUGAGUUAGUGUAGGGUAGACCAUUAGCGUGAGCCAUACUAAUUUAACUCUUUAUCCCCACCCUCCCAUGAAACUGUUAGAGCCAGGAUGCAAAGCUACAGCUUUUUAAACUGCAACUCAUGAAAUCCUUUUGCUGCCUUUACCCAAACACAGCCUGGAGAUAAUGAGAGUUGCCUUUUACUCAAAUCUGGCACACUCUAUUGGUCAUACAUCAUAUGGAAUUAAUGAUUUAUAAAGCGUGCUUGUGUUGCUUAAAGAUAUGCCGAUUCCACGGUUUGAAUUUUGAGCUCUGAGUGCUAUGGUUAUAACUGCAACAGUGGCUAGUAGAAAGAGCGGUCUAUUUACUUUAACAUGCUCAGCAUGUACAUGCUUACUUUUUCAGCUAGUGGUACCCAGACUGUCUCUUAACCAGCUGAAGAAUCAAAGCACUUUCAUUUUAUUUCUAUACAUCCAGCUAUGUUCCUGAGAGUCAUUACAGUUGUACUCCAGUAACCGCUAUCUGUUGGGUGACCGCACAGAAUAGAUAUUUUUGGUACUUGCUACAUUAAUUGUUUUAGUCUUAGGAUCCAUGUAUAUACAAUGCAAAAUAAAUGAUUAAGUGUUCUGAUUCCUAAGAGCUGACGAUAUUGGGGUUGGGAAGCAAGGAUUGAAAAGAAGAAUGUACUGUGCUUUUAAAAAGUAAUGUGCUGAAUAUAAAUGCUCACUGGAGUACAUUUUAAAACCUUUCUGCAGAUUUGCACUAAUGCACAUCUGUACUGGAUAAUUCGCAAUAACCCUUCCUUGUCUCCCAGGUAUAUAUGAUUUGCGAUUGCUUAACAUUUGCAGUCAUCAUAGCAAAGGGUUCUCCAAAGAAUGAGAAGGAGGGAACACCUCCCAAAAAUGUUUUUAUUAACAACCCUGCAUUUUUAAAUAUUUACACGUUGUCCUGGGGGGUGGGGAAUAGGUAAAGUCUCAAACAGGUAAAUGUAAAAAUGCAACGCAAAAAACAUCACACUUGCAUUUAUUCAGUUAACAUUUUGUGUGCAGUUGUAUAACACUCAAAGGGUUUAACCAAUUAUGUUCUUUAGUUGGCCACCCCUGCCUCAGUGUGAACAAGUGAGAACUUAACUAUUUUGUAAUCAUUAUUUGUAGUGUUGAAAAUUAACUUUGAAUACAUGUUGCUACCUAUGCACUAAGGAGAAUACAAUACCAAAGACACAAGUUUGGAGAUUUCCUUUAGUUUGAAAUGGAAGGAACUUUGUACUUUUUAUAACCAAAUACCCCAGAUACCAUGUUUCUCUCCAGCAAGCCCCCCCUAUUAGUACAAUUUACCAAGGAAGUACUGUACAAUUCUGCAGAGCCUCCUAGUUUCAAUAGAAGCAGCCUAUGGGUGCUAAAAGAUGAACCGUGGACAAAAAUAGUUGUAACAUCCCCUGGAUGUUGGGUAAAAAUAACAUCCCCAGGUAAAUACCUGGAAACCAGAGAAUAUCUGACUGUGCCUUUCCUAGUUAAACGCUUUAUUAUAUAUGAUCUAGAUCAGGGGUCCUCAAACUCCAGCCCCCCAGAUGUUGCUGAACUACAACUCCCAUGAUUCUCUGGCUAUCUAUGUAAUUCAAAGAAUCAUCAGAGUUGUCGUUCAGCAACAUCUGGGGGGCCGCAGUUUAAGGACCCCUGUUCUAGAUUGAUGCUAUGCAUUGUGUUGCAUAUGUAUAUGGUCCUGACAGAGUUAAGCCGCCCUACAGCCACAGCAAGGGCUGCGUAAGAAGAACUUGAAUCAUUAUUUACUAAACUGAGAGUUGCCAAGAAUUCUAUAUGAAUUCAAAUCAAAUUUUAAAUAUAAGGCCAAAAGAACCAAACUGAGAACAUACGUUUUCAAGUUAGGCUGUUUUUGUCCUAAAUUUUGAAAUUCACUUUGAAUUCCCAGCAAUUCUCACUUUAGUAAUUAAUAACCUUCUAAUUAUUAAUCCCAAUCUGUGUUCCUGUUUAGUGUAGUGGAUAGUGAAGUGUUGCAAAAAAAAUACUCGUCAACUUUUGUGUGGCCCUACCCACCACCCUGAGGUGGUAUGACUAUAUUACUAAUUACACAAGACUAUUAUAAGAAUCUUCCGUAACCUGGGAAAAUUACAGUAUGUCUGUUUAUUAUUCACAGAACCUAAGAAAAAAAUUCUCAUGUAACUUUUUUUUUGUUAAACAUAUGUUCUAACAUACUGUGCGAACGCGUGUGUAUAUACAUAUUUUACGGUUUAAAAAACGUUUUCUCUUUUCAUCACUAUGCUUUCAUGACCUCUAAUAUGUUAUUUAUGUAUACGUAUGAGUAUAAUUAAUAUAGAUACCCUGAGAUAGCGCAAUAAUGAAGAAUUGUAGUAUGAUUUCUGUGACCUUCCCUAUACUUUUAAUGUGUGUGUUUAGUUAAAUGUGCCCAUAAAAUGUGUCAGUAAACACACAUUAUUUAUAUAUUUAUUUGCAGUAGGUGUUUUACCAAUAAUGAAUCCUUAUUCUUUUAACAAAAGCAAAAAUAUUUUUAAAGAAACUGUGAUAUUUCAAUAAUUUUUUUUUAUUUUUUUUUAAAUCAGGUUUGUAUGUUUUACAUUGUUUUUGUAGGACCAGAGCUCCCUCUGCUGCUCGUUUGCUUCCAGUUCAUACUAAUUAUUCUGUAUACAUCUUUUAAUUGAAUUAUUUGCAUAGUGUUUUGAAUGCAGGAACAGGAGGCAAAUGUGAUCACAAAUUUGAAUUUGCAAGUAAUUUUUGACCAUGGAAAAAAAUGUGUAAGAUGUUUGAGAAAACAACAUUUUCUAUUAGACGAUUACCAGUCCAAUGGACACUUAAAUUGAGUUGACACAUUUAUAAAUGUACUUGACUAAAGGGAGACGUUGUCACCUUGUAUUAAUACUAAUGUGUAGUUACGUAGAUGAAUUUGGAUUUUAACCCAAGGCAUCAUAGUAACCGAAUACUUUAUCGAAUGUUAAAAGAAUAUUGAUAUUUACAUAGUUAUGUUUGAAAACACCUUUCCGUGUUCAUUGUCUGAUUUCUGCCUAGCUGAUUUUGUAUUCUAAAGAGGUCUGUGUUAAUCUAAGAUCCAAUAACAUGUUAUCCUGUAAUAGCAGCAUCUAAUAUUGGCAUAAAACAUUUGGCAAUAUAAAGUGUGCCGCCAUUUUGUUCUCUGCAUGGGAGUAGUCAAACUUUAUAACACAGCAUGCGUGUUCUCCAGGUAAUUGAAAGUUCCAUUGCAACUUUGAUUUUGUAUGGAAUUAUUUGAGAAUGCUGUAAGUCCCCUGUUAUACUAUAAUAUUUGUAUAAUAACAAAGUUUCGUCUUGCUGGUAAUUUCCAUUGUUUGGCUGGGGCACUCCCUGUUAAUGAAAGGCAAACCCUGCCCUAGUAGGCUGUCAUUCAGGGGUCUGUAAAAUGCUUGUAUGUUAAUGCAGUUGGGUUAAUGAAGUUGGGUUAUUCUAAAUUUGUUUCUAUCAAAGUAACAAAAGUAUUAAUAAACAUUUCCCGUCACUUUUUGUUUUCACUAGUUGAAGUUUUUAUUGGCCUGCAGGCAGGGUCGAUCAUUCCCUCGAUAAGAGUACGUUUUAUAUGCUGCUCUGCUUGUGUGUGUGUGUGUGUGUGUGUAUACGUAUAUUUUAUUUUGACAUUUUAUUAAGGUUUACAGCAGUGUCAUGACAAGAGAUACAAAAUGAAGAAAAAUAAAACCAUUUGUUCAAUAUAAUCUUUCAAUAAUAUCAUCACACUAACACAUCCUCAUAUAACAAGCACAUAAGAAAGAUACAUAUGUAUACAAAAAUCUGCACACCAGUCAAGCCAUAAGACUUGCUUUUCCCACAGAAAUCCCAAAACUGCAGCGAUGUUACAACCGCAAAGGAUUCUGGGUGGGCAUAUGCAAAUUGGUUUAAAAAAGAAUCACAGUCUUAUGGCUUGACUGGUGUGCAGAUUUUUGUUUAACAUUGUAUUAACUAUCCACAGACUUCAGGUGGAAGGGGUUUUCAAUCACAAUUUUUCUUCACCAUAACCUUUUUGGAGAUAUGGAGAUAUAUAUACGUAAUUAACGUAUAGUUAUAAAAAUAAUAUCUCUCGAGAUAUAUAAUAUAUCUCGAGAGAUAUUAUUUUUAUAACUAUACGUUAAUUACGUAAUUCAGCUCUUGUACAUGCCCAUUUUCAAAAAAAAUUUUAUCUCCAUAAAACAAACUGCAAAAAGAAAAAUGUACAAAAAAGAAACUGUGUGUGUAUGUUUUAUUUUAAACAGCCACUCCAAAACUGUGAUCCGUUCACUUAACAGUGAAUAGUGGUGAAUUAAAGUUACAAAUGUAUAUCUUAAGUAGCUAAGUGGGGGGGGGAAAACAAAUGCAUUAGAGAAUUUCUAUACUAUAACUGUUUUGGCAUAUGUUUUGCAAUUUGCAGUGACUCACAGCUAUGGUGACCAUAUGUUUUGUGGAAUGGAGGGAUGGUUAGGCAGAGAGCAGAAGGUAUAGUAAAGGGAGGCAUAAAAAUAAUUAAUAUCCUAUAAGUUUGCUUUUGCUUGCUUGUUUUAGAUCGUAAGCUUGUUUGGGCAGGCUCCUCUUCCCCUACUAUUCCAGUACGUGAAUCAUUUUUCUUUUUUUUUUUUUACAAUCACGUGUUUUGUUUUUUUUACUUACUAUACAGUGGAAUUUGUUGGUGUUAUAUAAAUAAUUAUAAUUGUAGUUUUGUUUUUGAGCACUUUCACCAAUUAUGGCCCUCAUAACUGUUUACUUUUUCUUCCAAAAGCAAGUAUUUUGGUUCACCCAGCAGCUUGAAAACUGUACUUUGUUAUUCCACAAUGGGAGCACAGGAUGGAAUUCUGAACUUGGAAUUUGACUAAUGCCUGCUUUGUCUAUAGCAGACAGCUGUGAACAUUCCAAGGCAGGAAUUUUACAAAAUCUUUAGUCUUUACAUCUCCCUACACCUUUUUUAUUUUUUUAUUUUUUUCAACAGCCACAUUUUCUUUAGCACGUAAAGUGGAUAAACAUUGCAAGCAAGAAAAGAACAUUAGUGUAAACUGAUGCAUGUUAUGAAGUUUAGGGGUUUUAUCUAAAUCCUUGAGUGAAAAAAAAAAAUAAUGUGUUAAGAGCAUUUUAGUAAAACAAAGACUCAUUUUUUGAGUCUGAAAUGCCAUUGUAUCACAUGUUCCUUCUGCAGAUAAUCCUGACGCAGUGGUAGAGACAGGUUUUCCUUCUUGUUCGGUAUACUCUAGCUUUGUCUUAGAGAACCUCUGCUUUAGUAUGUAUCUAGAUAGUUCUAGAAGAUCUUCGUCAAGUCUAGAAAGAUCACAAAGAAAGUUCAGAUUCCUUCUCCCUGCUCUAAGCCCUGAAGUAGCAGCUCAGAAAUGUGUUCACAUGUCUUCUGCCAUUAGGUUGUGGAAGUAGCCAGAAGUGUGAUGAGGCUAAUAUAUUUUUUUUUGAAAAUGGCAAGUAAUUUGCAGACUAAAUAAUGCUAUCCAGUAAAAGAGGUGUAGAUGCCCCUGCUCAAAUGAGCUUCUGUAAGUCAUAAAUGUUGUGAACACCAGAGUACAUGUGUUAACCCCUUAAGGACCAAACUUCUGGAAUAAAAGGGAAUCAUGACAUGUCAUGUGUCCUUAAGGGGUUAAAGGACCACUAUAGUGCCAGGAAAACAUACUCGUUUUCCUGGCACUAUAGUGCCCUGAGGGUGCCCCCACCCUCAGGGCCCCCCUCCCGCCCGGCUCUAGAAGGAGGAAAGGGGUUAAACUUACCUUUUUCCAGCGCAGGGCGGGGAGCUCUCCUCAUCCGCCCCGUCGGCUGAAUGCGCAAGAGCUGCGUACGCAUUCAGCCGGUCGCAUAGGAAAGCAUUAUCAAUGCUUUCCUAUGGACACUUGCCUGCUCUCACUGUGAUUUUCACAGUGAGAAGCACGCAAGCGCCUCUAGCGGCUGUCAAUGAGACAGCCGCUAGAGGCUUUGGGGGAAGGCUUAACCCAUUCAUAAACUGCUAUGUUUAUAAAAGAAUGGGUUAACCCUAGCUGGCCUGGCACCCAGACCACUUAAUUAAGCUGAAGUGGUCUGGGUGCCUAGAGUGGUCCUUUUAAGCUGUCCCAGGGGCCAGCAUUUAAUAAUUUAGGCUUUGACAUGCCUGUGCAUGAUCAGCAGCCUUCUCACUCAGUCGCUAUAAUCCACACUUGGGGCUGACGUUAUGACCGCACACCAGGGCUGUUGUUCAGGCUAUUCUUAUAAUUAAUAUUUAUUAUUUAUAUACCACCAGCAGUUUAAUUGAUACACUUUCCUGAAGAAGUGAGUUGUCAAUGACUUUGAAGGAAUGGAGGCUGGGUAAAGCCUAACGGAGAAGGGAAGGGAGUUCCACAGAAAAGGUGCAGCUGUGGAAAAAGUCUUGAAGAUGAGCAUCAGAGGUGGGAGUACAGACAGUGGAUAGACAUAGGUCUUUGGCAGAGCGCAGAUGCCUAGACGGGACAGAUUUGUGUAUUAGGAAGGUAAGAGCAGCAUUAUGUAGAGACUUAUAAGCAAGCACCAGAAUCUUAGAUUGAGCCCUAUAUCUUACGGGUAGCCAAUGUAGGAACUGACAGAGAGGCGAGGUGCGGGCGUACAUGAUCAGCCUUGUUGCUGCAUUCAUUAUAGAUUGCAACGGUGCAAGCUCUGAACACGUAAGACUUCUAAAACUUGGUUCUAGAUUAUCUUCAGUGUUUAGCUGAUAUUAUGCAUUUGGUUUUAUAUUAAUGGGAUCUAUAUUCUAUUCUAGCAUGUUAUUUUAGUGUAAAUAUUUGUUGCACUGUUCACCAUUGACUUGCAUAAUGGUAUAUUAAUUAAAUCUUACGUAUUGGUAGAUAACCAAUUCCACUACCUGACAGUGUAAUCUGUGAGUUUCAUACUGUCCUGUAAAUAUAAAUUAUGCUAUUUCAAUAGGUACACAUCAAGAACACAUCUUUACUAGUGUUCACUUUACAGCUUAUUACUAGAAAAUGCAUCUUAAAAUGCUUAAUUAAACCAUUCAGUGUUAAACAGAUUGGUCACACACACCAAUCACUGCUCUGGUACUCAAAGGGUAAACCGUACUCUGACACUGAUCUGCCUGUUUAUGAUGGCAGUGAAUGCAGAUGGGUGACCCAGUUUGCUGGAAAUAGCAGGGGACUGUUAAAAACCAGGGCACAAUUUUUCAUCGCGCAAUGUAGAAAGAGGAUGACUUACUCAUACCUAAAAAGUUUUUAGGCUGCGCAUACAACUGGAACGUAAUUCCUUUGAUUUGGCAACAUACUACAUCAUUUUAAGAAAUAUGUAUUGUGAAAGCGGAUAUGAGCCAACACCUUUAUUGAGUAUACUUGGAAAUAAAUAUCACGUACACCUCCCAAUGUUGGGAAGUAAGAAAGAGGACAGUAGUAUAACUUGUGACUCUGAUGAUGCAUGAUGGCAUGCCACCACUCCAGCCAUUUCAAUGCACAUGCCCAGAGGUUGACUUGUGGCCAUGCUAAACUGGUCAUUAGACUUACCAAUGCGCAAGUAUUCCCAUAUAGGCAGAAUGCUUGUGUAUAACAACAAGCAAAGUAAAUAAUGCUUUCAAGCCAAACAAAAUGGAAACAAUUCAUUGAUCAUCUUUUUUUAUGGACACGGCUCCCAAAUAAAAACAUUCCUGCAGGAUCCAGGAAAGGUCUGGAGCUUUAUUUGUGCAUGCGCACAAUAGCCUUGUUUCAAAAACCUCUCCAGUUUCUGUCCACUAUACCUUCUUGACAAAAUAAUUAAAUAUGUACUGUUGUUAUUCCAUUUGUCACUUGAAUGGACCGUGAAACCAGUUUUAAUCCUUGGUAAAGAUAAAAAAUCAAACUAUUUUCUUUUUAUUUUUUUUCCACCCAUUGUAUAAUUGAAGCAAAAGGUGAUUCACUUAACUGUUCGGGAAGUUCUAACUAUUGAGUUCUAGAUAGCUUCUACAAAAGUUGCUGUAAUAAUCACUGCAUGGUUUGCUCUGAUGUUCUAAUUUAUUAACCAGCCUCAGAUGGAGAAGAGGGUCAGUGUAGUUGAAUGUGCCCUCCAAUGCUUUAUCUUUGAGUGUAGGAUUCAGCAUUGAAUACACCUAGGUAGUGCUCAUUAAUGAUGGUUAAUGAUUAUCCCCAUUACAUGGAAAGGAGUCGGGGGAGUAAUCGACACUGCAUGUACCUAGUCAUGGUACUGUGACAAAACAUAAGCCGAGAAUAAAACUUGCCCAGUAAAGGACAUUACUUUUAGACAUGCUGUCUAAUAUAACGAAAUCCAUGAGUUUAAAUUAAAAAUGUAUUGUGGCCUUCUGUUGUUUUUAUAAAAAUGUAUUCUAUACUGCGCUAUUUAAUUCUGUUUGGAAAACCAAAACAUUUGUCUUUCAUUCGAAACCUCUUAAUGACAGUUGACAUGCUAUAACCUUCAUGAUGGCAUUAUAUUUGCCCAACCUCUUGAAUGGGUUCAGUUCCUUUUAUUGUUUGUGCCCGCAUCCCUCUUACCAGAACUCUGAUUCUAUGCAGAGAUAUCAUGCACAGAGUAGUCACUUAUCAUUAGUCUAUCCUUCAGUUUCAAUGGAUGCCUUUUGUUUUUCUAUUUUUUUUUUUUUUAUUAUUAAAUCUUUCUUCUUUUUUGAGCUAUGUUUAAUGUUGUAUAAUUUUAUAUGAAGAUCAGAUUAAACAGAAAUUUCUAUGGAGUUUGUAUUUUGAUUACAUUUUUCAUAAGAGCAGUCCAACACACAGGGGAGAGAGAGAGAAUUGUUUUUAUUUAUUUAUAUAUAUAUAUAUAUAUAUAUAUAUAUAUAUAUAUAUAUAAUAUUUAUUUAUUUUUAAUGAAAAUUUUCAAUACUCAUGCAGGAAUUGCAGUGUUUUGCAAUUCCUGAUUUAAUGAAUAAACCCAUUGUGUUUCUAUUUAUUUAUUGUGGGCCAAACGAUUGUUGUUCUAUGCAGUCACCUGCCUUAUGGCGGACCAGUUUGCUUGGUUAAUUAAACUUGCUAUGCCAUCUAAUUAUUAUAUAAUUACUGAUAUAUUUAAAAAAAAAUUAACAUCCUUAAUAAACUUAUGUAAAUUAAUGUAGUCAAAGGAUGGAGAAGGGUGUCCAUGACUUGGAGUUUAAAUUUAAACAACUUGGGUGUGGUGUUCUGGAUGGUGGAAGAGUUGCCCGCCCUUGGCAGUCAUGAGAUUUGGGUGUAAUGUAGUGGAAGAAUUAAAUUAAUUAUAUUAUAAUGCACAGUGUAAUAGAUGUUUUGAGAGAGCGACUAAGGAAUUUUUCAUUAUUUUAUUUUUUGUAUAACUUUUUCAAAUGUGUGUGUUUUUGGGGGGAGGGUUGUGUUUUUAUUUGAAUUAUUCAUUUUUGGAAAUAGUAAAAUAUGAUCUAGAAAAAUAUUAAAUUGUGAAUUUCAAAAGCCUUUUCAAAAUAUUAAUUUGAGGUCUAUAUUGGGAUUUGGAUUCUGGAAAUUUCAGCAUUUUGGCAUCAAGGAAAAAUGCAGAAUGGGAAAUCCUCCUAUAAAUUUCUGAAACUCCCCUAUUCACCAAUAUCAGUCAGUUGGUCGGGUAAUGGGAAGCCUCAUUUCCUUAUACUAGUCCUUUUAUACAUGGAAUGAGCAUAAACACCCAAGAGAUUUAUUUGACACAUUGUAGGCUGUACACUUGUUUUUCUUUUUUUUUUAACAAUCAUUUUGCACUUGAUCUGUAGAUCAAACAACUGCCAGCAAAUCUGUUCAUUUGUUGAUUCUGCAACUCGUACAGCGCACCAUGCUGUAUAGACAAAUUAUUUUAUUUGUCAUAAUGCGAAAAUGUUAUUUUUCUAGUUUUGUUGUUUCCUUUUUUUUUUUUUAUUAAAAAGGAUUUGCAAAAUUUAAAUUCAUUGAAUAUGUUUUUAAAUAGUAUAUUUUGUGUGUGUGUUAUUCCUUGCUUGUUUGAAAUAAAUGAAAACGAUAUCGCAGUUUUUAGGUUAUUAAUACACAUACACUUAUUGCAAUUGUUUUGUCGAAAGGCAUUGUCAGUUGAAAGGUGGGAGUUUAUCUGGAUUAUGGAAAAAAACUUUUGUUUACUACAAUCUCAUUAUUUUCAGAUUUGAGUAGCAUAAACAUAAAUUGUACCAACAUCAAAAGAAGAAUAGUGGCUGCAUUGAAAUGUUAAAAAUGAAGCCCAAUGCAGUCCACAUAAUAUGAGAGAUAACAAAAAUAUAAUAAGACAAACUGAGAAGCAAAAAAAAAAAAAAUCACCACAAACCAAAAUGAAGAAGAAAGAAAUGAAAAAUUUAGACGAAAAAGAUAAAUUGUUAGGAAAAUUAAAGGGACACUCCAGGCACCCAGACCACUUCUGCCCAUUGGAGUGGUCUGGGUGCCAACUCCCUAUACUCUUAACCCUGCAAAUGUAAUUAUUGCAGUUUUUUAUAAACUGCAAUAAUUACCUUGCAGGGUUAACUCCUCCUCUAGUGGCUGUCUACUAGACAGCCACUAGAGGGCACUUCCUGGUUUCUAGCUGUGUGAGGACCUCCAGCAUCGUUCAUUUCCCCAUAGGAAAGCAUUGAAAUGCAUUUCAAUGCUUUCCUAUGGGGAGCGCUAAUGCGCAUGUGCAUUAGGUCUCCUCGGUCGGUGGGCGGGAUAAGUCUCGCCCACCGGCCGACGCAGUCAGAAGGAGGAGCGGCGCGGAGGGAGAAGCAGCAACGAGGGACAUCGUCACUGCCUCAGGUAAGUGACUGAAGGGGUUUUCACCCCUUUAGCAACCGGGGAUUGGGGGGUAGGAGUGAGAGGGGACCUGCAGUGCCAGGAAAACGGAUUGUUUUCCUGGCACUGGAGUUUCCCUUUAAAUAUAAAAUUGGAACUAAUUGAGGAGACUGGGCAGCAUAGAUAGCAGGAAAGUCUUGUUACCAUGCAUUUAGAAACUUUCUUUAAAGGGUUACUUCAACCACCAUGACCACUUCUGCUUUUUGAAGCGGUCUUUGUGGUAGGAGUAUGGGUGAGUAGUGUUUAAACUUGAAACAUUGCAUAUACAGAUAUAUUUUUGUAAUUGUCUGAUCGGGGAAACGUGUAGUAGGUGCUAAUAUGUUGCUAGACAUAGGCUAAUCAUGCCGAGAGAGGCUAGGAUGAAGCCCCUGAACACAUUUUAAUUUUAAAGUCAAGCUCGUUACCCCUGUCUAGACUAGGAGGGGGAAAAUCGAUUUCUUAUUCCCUGGUGCUUGAGGGUGCCCUUACACUUGUAAACAGAAAACAUAAUAAACUUUGAAAGUGGGUAGUCCAUGUUGAGAGUUCAACCCCUCUGUGUAGUUGCUGUACAAUGAUGUUGGUGCCCUACUGGGUGUUUGGAGUGGUUCCAUGUUUCCCUACUUGCUACCAUGGGGAAGCUUGUGGGUCUGGAAGCUAGACAUAUAUAGCACUAGUCCUUGUGGCUGAUAGGUUGCGGAAUGCUCUAGGUUCAGACUACACCAGUCAGGUAAAGUCCCGAUAGCCAAAUAGUGUGUUCAGUAGGGGCACCUGCCCCGGUCUCCUCCAUCCGUAUGUCGGAGCUCAGUUUUUCUUUGUCGUUCGGCGUGGAUAUGGGAACGUGCUCUUCGUGAUUUUUGUGCCGGGUGUUGGUGGAGGCUGGAGUGAGGCUGGCUUCGACCUGCGUUGUUUAGCAGUGAUCCGGUGAGGUGUCGCACUGUUUUCUGCACCGUUUUCCGGCAUGCCAUUUUCGUCUUGUGCCGCUGAUCUGUGUGCAAGAGGGCAGUGCUGUCGGUUAGUGCUCGACUUGGAGGUUUGUUGCAGCCUGUCUCUCAUCUAGCUCGUGCCAGAAGGCCUCAAAUAAGGCAUCCAGCCUCUCCAGGAUGUCAGCCCUUCUGUCAUGAUGAGUGACUCUGGGCCGGUCGCCACCAUUUUUGGGCCGGAUCAACUUGGCUUGGUUUGUUGCCCCGACACCUGAUUGGGCCCUCCUGGGACCAGGAUAACCCCCACCGGUCCAUGGGGGGGGGGGACGUGGACCCAGAUUCUAGCUGUUAGCCGUCGAGGGCGACGGUGGAAUGGCCGCCUCCCCCCCGCCUGCCAUGAUGGUAGGCCUUGGUUUGCCAUGCCAGGGUUCUUGCACUUGGUGCCACAUGUUUGGUGUCAGCGUGUAGCCCCUGCCUUCAGCUCCUGGUUGGUGGUCCAUUCAGCAAGUCUGGAGUCCGUUCAGAGCGUUUAAAUCAGGAAAGUUUGCCACAAGGAGCAGCUCUAACCAGUGUCUGCUCAGCUCUGCGGUAAGGCCCCGCCCCAACCAAAGGCUUCUUAAUCGGAAACCUUUAACUGGAACUUGGUGUGGUCCCUAUAACAUCAGAUGGGUGCACAGGAGAGCUUCACCCAGCACUGGAUUAAGGUAACUUAAACUUUAAUUUUUUUAAAAUUCUUUUUUUUUUUUUUUUUUUUGUAGAGGGGUUGAUAGAAUAAUGUCAAUAGGGUAUUAUUCUAUCAUUAGUGAAAGAGGGUUGGAUAAACCCUUUAAUUUUACUACAGUAGGAUUUUUGAUGUACCCGGUAUUCCAGACCAGAACCGUUUUGUAAGCAGCAUUUAUUUAUUUUCAUUUUUAACACAAACUUCAGCUCGGUUUAUUCACUGACACAGUAAUUGUUGAGGGAAUUACAAAUUUUAUGACAAAAAUAGCUAAAUUGCUUAAUAUUAUUAUUUUGACAGCUUUGCAAGAUUAGUUUAGAAUUUACAAUUCUAGCAACAAUGUUCACAGGAACCCUGCAAGUAUCAUUGUAUAGGGUUAUGGUGCUAGCAGGUUACUGGUGAAGCGUCAAACCGCUUUGGAUGGUUCUAGGGAAAAAAUCUCUGCAUUCACUUGUGACCAUGCCCCUCACUCACCAUAUUGCUAAUGUUCCAGUUCCACAUCAGCAGUACUUAUUUUAUCAACUUUUGGAUGGCAUGCACUGACUGAGCAGUUAUUGUUACUACUUCUGCCAAAAUGAUUUUGGUUUUUAAUUUUUUUUAUUUUUUUUUUUUUUUUAUAUAUGCCAAAGGAACUUAUAUCCUUACUGUGGGUCAAACAUGGUCAUUCAUAUAACCACAAUAUCUGAGCCAGGAAUAGCUUUCUAAAACAAUGGCUUCAGGGAAAUUUCAGAUGAGAGGUGACAAGAAUACUCUGCCAAGAAAGGACAUUAUGUUUCGGAAGUAACACCUUGUAGGUUACAGGUUAAAACAGGAUUAUAUUAACAAUCGAUAGGUUAGUCUAGUAAGAUAAGAAUUGAAGAAAAGGUCCUACUUUAGCACAAAUCCAACUUGAUCUGUGUGAAUGUGGACAUGAACGAUAGGAUUAAGGUGAUUAAUAUGUAAUAUUGUAAACAUCUUCACAUCUACAUUUUGAAAGAAACUUGAUGUGUCAUUUUUAAAAAUAGCAUUUUACGAAAAUGUUGGCUGAAAGCAUUUUGGAUGGGAAAGAAUCACUGUGUAAGAUAAUUCAGGAUGUUUGGAAAUGACAAUUAGAAAUGUCAGGGCUAAAAGUUAAAAAUAUAACAAACAGCUGAUGCAUUUCUCCGUUUUCUAACCAGAAUGCAUACUUGUUAUCAUAAGGGGUCCCAGUAGAUCAAUGGAUCUAGUUGGCACACUCAGUUGGGCUGCAUAUUGGGGGAGUUGGGGGUGAAUCUAGCAUUAGGCUGCUCUCUUGUCACAGCAGUAAUCUGUUAAUAUUGCUGUGGGACUGGCAUAUGUAUUUAUGUGCCAGAGCAUUAACCGCUGCCUAGCCAGGACCCAUCGCUCUUUGUGAGCCUCUGUGUAAUAGUAUAAGCAGGUGCCAGACAUGGCACCAAGAUGGUUAAAUAUGGCCUGAUUUAUUUGGAAGCAACCAGAUUUUAUAUAAAGCAGUUAUCCAGAUGUCUCUCUUUAAACAGCCUCAGAAUGUCCCUUAAAACCCCAUCCCCAAGUGGUCCAAAAUCUCUCCACAGUGAUACAGUGGAGAGAUUUCAUUUUGGUGUUUUUUUUCUUCUCUCCGUGGAGCAAAAAUUAUUCCCUUAAAAGUGAGGCCCAUAAUGUUACAUAAUGCACUUUUCCCCUACAAUGUAGCCUGCUGUUAUUCCAGUCAGGAAUGUGUUCCAACAUUUAGGGGAUGUAAUCCAGUAUAUGUCAAAACAAUUUUAAAAUACAACACUGUUUACUACAAGAACAGUUUGAAUGGAAAGCACUACUUUUUACUCUACUGAAUUUAUCAACUAGGGGAGAGAAGAUUAAGACAGCCAGCAGCUGUAUUCAACAACUACCAGAAUGCUUAGCUGGCCACGUGGAGUUGUUGAUGUCAAUUAGAAAUACUGUACCAUAGGAUCACCAGUGGGGCACCCCAAAUCAUUCUCUAGCAGAGGAAGGCAAUCUUUGGCACUCCAAAUGUUAUGGACUAAAUCUCCUCUGAUGUGUUGCCAGAAUUAUGUCUUUAAUAGGGGGAUGUAGUCCACAUCUGGAGUGCCAAACAUUGCUUACCUCUGUAUCUAGCACAUGACUCUUUCAUUUUGUUCAGCAAACUUUAACGGGUUCGUAGCAAUAAUUUGUAGAAUAUGUGACAGUUCAUAACUUGUACAAAACUUGCCUUACACAUAGUUUAAUUAAAGGGAUACUCCAGUUCCGUAAAGCACUUUAGCUUACUGAAGUGGGAAGAACCUCUGCAUCUCUUCUUCCCGAUGAGUAAUGCCUAUUUAUCAAACCAUGUUUCCAUGUCCCUUUUUAUAUGCAGAUAUUAUGGCCAUUUGAAGUGACUCCACCAUAUUUUAGCACUUGUGAAUCAGUUGAUAUAAAUUAAAUUUUUAUCUUGCAAAAUGGAGACCACUUUUGUUUUAGAUAAAGCAGAUGCAUCUUCGUUCCUUAUAUUUGUUUUUCAAUAAAGGACAGUAAUACAAAAACAUUUGACUUAAUGUUUACGAACCCAUUUUUUAAACGUUAUGUACUUUGGGGUAAAGGGACUACGUGUCGUGCUUUGGAAAUUAAUGUGUCUGCCAAGCUAGAGGCAUCAAUUAAAUGUGUUUGGCAAAGAGGAAAUGUGCCUUGUCUAUCCAGACUUCUGUCAGAAUAUUCAACAUAAGCACGGUUGGAGGAAUGAUUUGAUUUGUUGGACAGUUUUCUGUGACAUUCGUUUUUUUGUUUGUGUACGAAAUGUUCUGUAAGACUCACAAUAAAUUGUUCUCUCUUCCAGGGAACCUUUGAUCCUUCAUAUUUUAUUGGAUCUCAAAUAGGCUAUCAGCAUGAAGAAAAAUCUGGUCAUCGUGGCUUUACCAUUAAUCUUCAUUCUUCUCAUUUUAGUGAACGCUCAGGCUUCUAUGGGUAAGUAAAAAAGCAAAUGUUCUUGGUCAAGGGAAAAUGUGUUGACUCAAUGGAUUCAGUUGGGGGUGGGGGAAGGGUUUGUAUGAUUUGGUAGGGGAUAAUCUUAUUUCAAUUACAAAACCUAGAACUUAGGUGUCUUCAGAAUCAAUGGUAUACCUUCUCCUUAUAGUUGACUUUUUAUAAAGAUGUUGGGGCUGAACUGAGCAUGACAGAGAGGGAAAUGGAGCCACUUUUUUUUUAUUUUAUUUUUUUUUUUCAAGGGUCGGAACAUUUUUCACUCAAACAAAUCUUGACAAGUUCUGUGAACUGUUUUAUUAUUAUUUUAAAGGAUUUUUCAAAGAUAGAUAAAUACAUUAUUUUUUAUUUAUGUUUGCGUUCGUGUUUGCAAAACAUGCAAAAAUAUUGACUCACUAGAGUCAUCCUAGCGAAAACUCAACAAAUACUUCUUAAAAACUGGGAAUGGGAAUUUUUUUGUCCAUCUAACAGUGGAAAGUACAUAGUGGGUUUUUUUUGUUUUUGUUUUUUUAUAGUUUUAGGAUCACCCAGCCUCUCUACCUUUUGGGAAAGCUAGUGUGGGUCCUCUCCCUGUGGUUCUUUGAUGCAGCUUUAAUAUUCAUGCUCUUCCUCUCUGCUACUUCGCACGCCAUUUAGUGAUGCUGUACUGACAUCAUAUCCCGGCUCCUGGCAUCGCAACAGGGCACGCAAGGGAACAUUGAGGAAGAGCAGGAAAGUAAUCACUCACUCACCACCCAUGCUAAGCCCCCCUCAACACACUGUUUUGACACAGUGGGCACCUGCUGUUUAGAUAGGCAGGUGCCUACUAUGUCUUAGUGCACAGCCGGUUGCAUCUUGGGAGGGGCCCCUAAGUUGCCCAGCCAGCCGACUCAUGGGCCACCUGACAGGCAAACACAGAUGGCAUGGUCGGAAUUGCGACCCUUUAGUUCUGCCACUGAUAUAGGAAGUUUGCAACAUUUAAGUGUUUUUUAAUACAUUAUCUAUCUAUCUAUCUAUCUAUCUAUAUACUUAUACACACUAAUUCGUAAUGGCCUGUAUAGCCCUUGAUUUGGCACUUUUGAAAUACCAGCAAAGUGGAAAAAUUCUCAGCACAUAAUUAAAUAUCCUGUUGACUACCACUAUAGCAACCAAAUCUUAACAAAGUGCAAAAUUAAGCAUGUGGAAGGGAAACAGCACAUUUAAAUAUAUUGGCAGCUACACAAUAAUCCGCUUCACGGAUUCUGAACAAAGGUUUUGUGUCGUAGGAUUUGGAACUUUCUGGCUCACAACUUUUUUUGUUUGAUAGAGAUUAAUCCCCACUGUCCAACUGAGACAGUUUAUCUACUGUGGCGAACAUGGGGAACAAUUGUAGACACUUUUAGUUGUUUGUGCCGCAUAUAAAUAAGCUUCUCCUCUUUUAACAUUCCUUAACUGCAGAAUCAGCAGAACUGUAAAAUGCUAACUUGUGAUUGCACUAGGAAUUGAAAGAUGUUCAGUUUUUUUUAAUAGCCUUAAAAUUAGGUGUUUUAAAGGGAUACUAUCAUUUACAGAGUAGGAUAAAAAAUAUCAUGAAUUUGUGUUCCUUUUCCUAAUAUUAAAUUACUUUUAGCUGAUUAUAGACAUUUGGGUAUAGAUUUUUUUGCCGCUGGAUACAAAUUGCAAUUUCAGAAAAUUUCCCAAAUGUUCAACUGUUCAAUUUAUUUGUGUGUUUUAGUGUUAAGUUGUGUAGUGUAUAUGUAUGUAAUCCUCUUGGAGCCCUUGGAAAUUCUAUAUUCACAAGGCAGCACAUUUUAAAGAGGCGAGAGCUAUUACAGAUUUUCCAUGGCAGUUUUGGUUGUUAUUAAAGUCUAACACUGAGAAAUUACUAGAUUUAUUUGCAAAAUUCGAAACUGGGAUUUUCUGACAAAUUGUGUUUCAUUUCCUGAUAGAUUUAAGGAAACCUCUCCAGCCAGACCAGAUAAAAUGCAGAUCUUAUGAGAAAGAAACAUUUUCUUGCUGGUGGACGCCAUGGACUGAUGACGUACUUCCAACAAACUACAGUCUGUUCUACAGAAAAGAAACGUAAAGUUCCUUCAGCUUACUCUUCUAGUCAUUCUAUAUUUUAUCUUAUAAAAUAUAUAUUUGAACAGUUAUUAUUCUGCACAUUACUGAGCAUGCAAAGGAAACAUCAGAAGGAGUGGGCUAAAAAAAUUACAAAGAGGAGAUGAUGUAGCACGGUUGGUAAAUGUGCACACUGAACAUGACUUGUUACAUAGAAGUUGUCUAUCCGUUUCUUUUGACCGCAUAAAUUAUGUAAUACCAUAAAUAACGGACUUCUUAUUCUAUAUAACAGCACAUGGUAUAAUUUCUUGAGAAAUACUUUGGAGACAUAUUGCAUUUGUUAAAUCCUGGAUCUGUGGGCCCCCUCAUUGUAUCCAGAACCACUUGAAUACAGGGACAGUUGGGUGCAGCCUCAAUCAAUUCUACUGCAGAUUAAAAUCAGUAUGAGGCAUAAAUUGGGCCAUGCAUUUGCUAGUUCAAUACUGUAUUGAUUAGUGCAUGUGCAGUAAGUGCUUUUAAAGUUUAAAAAAAUAAGCCAUUUAUUUGUAUGUGCCCAUAGGCCAAAUGAUGCCAGUCCUACCCAAUUAAGUGGUGUGUGCAUUGCUUGACUGGAAUAUUUAUGUGAAGCAGGGCACUCGCUCGUAAGCUGCUCAAGAAUUAGUUGAACUCUAAAUCCACUGCUAACAGCAUGUAUAAAUCUAGUAGCCAAACGUUGACACAGGCUGAUAAUCCCAAUCUGUUUUUACUUUGUUCUCUCUUUGUGCUAUGUCUGUAUGGUUGAUCAUGGUAAAACUGACUCCUGUCAGUCACAUUAUAUGGUCACAAAGUCAGAGAUUGACUGAGUUCUAUAUGAUUAAAGGCAUUAUGAACCUAGUUUAUGUGUGAUAUUCUGUGAUAGAAUGAUUAGUGAAUCUUUAUUAACUCUGACUUGUUAUAUGCUUUAUAUUUAACUCUAAGCAAACUGUAGAAACAAUGUUGUUGAUAACACCAUGCAUUAAAUCAGUGCUCCUGAACCCUCUCGUCAAGGGACACCUAACAGUCCAGGAUUUAGAGAGAUUUAGUGUGUGUUUUUUUUUUUUUUUUUUUUUUUUUUUAAAUUUAUUUAUUUUUAUGGUGGUAAAAAAAAAAAAAGACUGUUAGGUGUGCCCCAACGAGAGGGUUGAAGAGCACUGCAUUAAAUCAUUUAUGUAUCCCAGAAAGUCUAUCCAUACAUGAAAUUGCUAUUUAUCUGUUACUUAUGUGCUAUAAAUGUUAUGCCAGUAGAAAAAUAAAAAGGCUAGCAAAGCAUCAUGGCACUUGUACUUCCACAACAAAUGGAAAUCUCCCUUUUGGGCACCUGUGCCUUAGAUGUUUAAAGGACCACUAUAGGCACACAGACCACUUCAGCUCAAUGAAGUGGUCUGGGUGCCAGGUCCAUCUGAGGUUAACCCUGUAGCUGUAAACAUAGUAGUUUCAGAGAAACUGCUAUGUUUACAAUAGGGUUAAUCCAGCCUCUAGUGUCUCUCAUUGACAGCCGCUAGAGGCGCUUCCACGCUUCUCACUGUGAUUUUUCAUUUUUGAGAAAUGCUUUCCUAUGGACUGAUUGAAUGCGUGCGCAUUCGUCAGAAGAGGGAGGAGAGUCCCCAGCGCCGAGGGAGCCCGGCACUGGAGAAAGGUGAGUGUUUAACCGGGCCAUGAGGGUGGGGGGGACCUAUUAACACUAUUGUGCCAGGAAAACAAGUUUGUUUUUCCUGGCACUAUAGUGGUCCUUUAAUUGCUUAUUUUAACAUAACUUGAUUAUAUGGUGCCUUACAUUCAAGAGUCGAUUUCUGUUUUUGAUUUUAAUCCUCGUAGAUUUUCUUUGGCUCGCAACAUUGACAUUGUCACACAGAGGGUGUGGAUUUCACAUUCAGCCUGAUUGACUAAUAUAGUGUUAGCCUAAGCUGAGCAUUCUUGCCAUGUUUCCUGCAGUGUAGUGGCAAUAAGCCACAAAAAAAUCCAAACCUGGAAAAGGUCCGCCGGUCAGAAUCUAACUUUUCCUACCACUUGCAAUGUAGAGACUGAUUUCGAGUACGAGUGUGAAAAAAUGGUAACCCAGACAGUCUGGCAAUAGUACAUGAAUAUUGUCCAAACAUCUGGUAGUUUUCUUUUUUUUUUGGCAUACGCUCCUUUCAAUGUUAAAUUGAGGAGGGGUAAUGAUGCCUGCAGGCCGUUUUCUAAAACUCUAAUAUAUUCCUGCUCUUAUGCAUUACAUUGCUGUGGACAAUCCUAUACACAGCCUAGUAUUGUAAGUCGUAUUGCCUCUGCCCUCUGUAAAGCACACUUCCCUAAAAAAAUCUCAACAGUUCCCAAAGUUAAACCACUACACUGAGUUUUAGUGUCCUAUUCGUGUGAGUUUUAUCUAUAUAAGGUUUUGUGAUAUACUUAUACAAACUGCACAUAGAUGCUAGGUUCAUUGUAGCUAUGUGAUACAUUUGAGUGCAUUGUGUCAAAGUGUAAGUAUUAUGGCUGUGGAGAACUGUGACAUGCUGACACACCACACAUUAGGAUGAACGUUCUUGCUAUGGAGCGCUGUGAUACAUUUACAAGCACUGUACGUUACUGUGACUGUUAUUGCUGUGGGUAGUGACAAACCGUGAUGGCGGUAACUCAAGUAAGGGAUUUACCAUAAGACAGAGUAGUCCCUAUUUUGUAUUAUGAUAUCUUUUGUCUGCAUUAGAAUUUCAAUGAAAUUUCAACACUGCUUUUAUGAGCUUUUUUAAAAAGAAUUUAUGUGACAUACAAUGCUAUAUCACAACUAUAGUAUAAAUGAAUCAGAAGAAUCCAAUAGGAAUAUACUGUUUUUUUUUUUUCAGGAUUACAUUCAACCAAGGCUGGUUAAGCAUUAUGUCAGAGUUAGUGCCACAAAAUGAAGCUUGCUGAGUAAAAAUAUGGAAAUGUACUGUUUGCUUAUUGUGUUUUCCUUUGUCUACAUGGCAGUGAUGAAAAUGCAUAUGAAUGCCCGGACUACCGCACAUCUGGGCCAAACUCCUGUUUCUUUGACAAAAAGUAUACCUCUAUUUGGAUAUAUUAUUUCAUAUACAUAAAAGCAACGAAUGCGCUGGGCACUAAUGUGUCUGAAGAUUACCCUAUGGAUGUACAAAAUAUAGGUAAGAAAAUUGAGAACUUACUCAUAGAAUUUUAAAAUGCUUUGUGACAAGCUGUAACAUUCCUGGGUCUCAUUUAACUAAAUUGACAGCAAAUUAAAAAUAGAAAUAUAUGUAAAUCUGCCAGUUUUUUUUUACAUUCUGUAAUGUAAAAGAUAAAACCAAGUGUGGCUAUGAGCAGGGCUGGCACAACUAUAAGGUGGUACAGGCAGUUGCUAUAAAGCACAUCGACCUGGGAAACGCAAUGUUCGAGUGACCGCAGGAGGGCAGAGGAGAGCUCGACCUACUGUCAAUCACUCCAUGUAGUGAUCUGUAUCACUGUAGAAGAUCUUAUUUAUACUUUACCUUAGGGCUUGACAAAUUUACUGUGAAUCUAUGAGCCAUCUAAUUUUUAUUUUUUUAUUUUUGUUUACUUGCAAAGCUUUUUUUCCACAACAAAAAUACAAUUCUUAAAGGGACACUAUAGACACCAGGACCACUACAGCCUAAUAUAGGCUUUCUGGUGUCUAUAGCCUGCCCUUGCAGGUUUUUCAAUGUAAACACUGCCUUUGCAGAAAAAUGACACACCUGGUGGCAGUCACUCAGAUGGCCCCUAAAGUGCUUCCUAUCUCAGUGCUGCACAGUAGGCAGCACCUACAUUCAGUGUCUCCACACUCUGCAGGGAGGCACUAAAGGUUCCCCGUAGAGAUGCAUUGAUUAAAUUCAUCUCUACGAGGAGAUCAUGGGAAAGCAUUGGAUUGGGUGAGAUCAUCAAGCUUGAUGAUCUCAGCCACAGAGGCGGGGCAGGCCACUGGGAGACCAGCACUGCGUGGAAAUAAAGGUGAGUAAAAACACCAUUCCUAUGAAAUCGGAGGGGGCUGGCCACCUAAACACACACAUAUCAUAAUUAUUGUGUUUACUAGUGUAUUCAGGGCCAUCUUUAAUAUUGAUUGGACCCUGGGAAAGCAUUUGCUUGGGCCUCCUGGCAUGCAAGCAAGCCCUCCACCCCAAUGCAGUGACUGACUAAAGUAGAAAUAGCCCUGGUGCAAGAAUAUUUUUGGGGCCCCCCAAUUGCAAGGGUAGCCAGAAGGUAGAUCCCUAUCUGUUGUGCAACUCCAAUAAUGCUUUGACAGCUGGGUCUCUACCAUUUUUCCAUGCUUGCAGGGUUGUAUUUCGCACUGAGCUGUAUUUGUGUGUUUGCAGUGGCGUACACACAACCCAUGGGGCCCCGGUGCGAAAACUUAUCCGUGACCCCACCCCCCCCACGCUUACUCGGGGUGGGGCCGCAACACAUGGCGGCGGUAUGUACGCCAGUGCAUGCAGAUACACGUACACUUAAAGGACCACUACAGGCACCCAGAUCACAUCAGCUCAAUGAAGUGGUCUGGGUGCCAUGUCCCUCUAGUUUUAACCCUGCAGCUGAAAACAUAGCAGUUUCAGAGAGGGUUAAUCCAGCCUCUAGUGGCUGUCUCAUUGACAGCCGCUAGAGGAGCUUCCACGAUUUUCACUGUAAAAAAUCAGUGAGAAGACGCUGAACGUCCAUAGGAAAGCAUUGAGUAAAUUAAUAAAACAAACAAAAUUAACAGGGUCCCCUGGACCACCAAUGAACCAAGAUGGAUCCUGCGAUAUGAGGGUAUUUAUAGUGUGGACGUACAGCCCUUACACUGCCACUUAUGGUAUUACGAGGAACCAGGUGGGACCCCAUACUUGCUUUCAGUAAUUUCAGGCAAUACUGUCAACAUAUAUAUUUUUUUUUUUUUUUUUUUAUUCAAGGCUAUACUUGAGGUAUAGUAAAAACUUCUGUAACCACAGAGAGAAACCACACAUAUAAAACUGGUUUGUGUGCUUAUGAUAACAAUGCAUUCUCAAUUUAUGACAAGAAUCCAAUUAAAUCUGAAUUUGGCAACAAAUUUUUGAUGAUAAAUUUAAAAGGAUACUCUAAGCACCAAAACAACUUUGGAUUCAUGAAGCAGUUUUAUGUAACAUUGUCCCUAGAGUCUUACUGCUUAAUUAUCUGCCAUUUACAAGUUACAUCACUUUGGUUAUGCAGCUCUAACCAGGAUUUUAGGUCUGUCAUUCUUAACUACCCUUUGUGGUAUCUUCCAUUUGAACUUAGACUGGUCUAGCCCUUAUUCUGUACAGAUGUUUUUGUACACAAUCCCAGCAAUUUGGUUGUGCCUCUCGGUGUAUGCUGUUCCUGUUAACAUCUUGAACCUGGCAAGAUGAAUAUAUUUAAGCUGUAUGUAUAGAACCCAGGCAGAAAGUCCAGUGCAAUUAAUUUGAAUGGUCUUUAUUUAACCCUGUAACUUUCUAAAACACCAUAAAAUCUGCACACAGGGGACUGUUGUACUCUGGAGAAAUUGCUGAACACAAAUAUGACCCUGUAGCAUUAGAUCUCUCUUUUCGGGUACUGUGUAGAGAGGCCUUGAAUGUGUAACUAGGGCUGUGUAAACAAAGGUAUUAAACUCCUACAAUUGAACAUUGAGACUGUAGGGGUAAUAUAUAUAUAUAUAUAUAUAUAUAUAUAUAUAUAUAUAUUUAUUCUCUCAAAACCACUUAAUUAUGCUAACAUUGUUUUGAUGCUUAGAGUGUUCGUUAAAUGUGUGUUUCAUCCUACUGCUAUAAUUGAGAAUGUCACCUUUUAAAAAAAAUGACCUCCUCGCUUGCAGGAUAAAGCAUCUGUCAUACAGCUAAAGUUACAUAAACAUAUAGAUCAAAACAUUGGCAUGUGCUUAGCUUAAGAUCUUACUACACUCUAUAAAUAGCUCAAAGGAUAUUUUAUCAUUUAAUAUAUUUGUAAAUUAACUUGCUAUUUAUAAUUUGAGAUUAAGAUGUUUAGGGUUUUUUUUGUUUGUUUUGUUUUUUUUUUGUUUUGUUUUUUUUGACAGCAGUACCUGCGUAUUAUUUGAGUUGAAUGUUCAGUGCUAUUAGGAGUUUAGUUACUAAAAAAAUUCAAAACUGAAUUGCAAAAUUUAGGCAAAACAGUCCUGAUUGACAAUUUCUCUAACUUGGUUAUGGUAAUUUCUCAACAAUUUCUAACCUAAAUUUUGCAGUUAUGAUUUCAGUUAAGUUUAAGUGAAUAGACUUCUUGGAGCUCAAUAUGAAAAAGAAAGAAAAGAGCGAGAGAGGGGAAAAAAAAAAGAGAAGUCGUGAGGAGAUCCAGGCAUCAGUUACCAGACCAAAAGUCCAUUAGUAUCCAGGAAGCACCACCAGUGGCUGUCUGGUCUGGGAGACUGCCUCUGGAGACAGACUUAGAGCUGCAAUGUAAACAUUACAAUUUCUAUGGAACUGCAGUGUUUUACAUUGCAGCACUAAGUGAAAUAGGGACAGUGCACUCAGAUCACUUCAAUAAGCUGAAGUUGUUGUCUGGGUGCCUACAGUAAUCCUUUAACUCAAAAUAAGUAGGAUAGAAUUUGCUAGUCUCUAACGUUCCACAAGUGCAGAUCUUUAAAUGAACACUUGUGCCAGAUGUGACUUCCAUUCCCAUAUUGUUUACAUUUUAUAGUCUUACAUUUAUUUCUUUACAUCAUGGUGACCUAAUGCGGAUGUAAUCUAAUUUUUGAUGUAGAGAUUCAGACCUUCAGUGAUGGUCCAUUGUGAGAAAGAAAACUACUGAUAUUGCCUCAUGGGGUCAUGCAUCUGCUUUCUUCCAUUAUUUGCAAUACAUUACAUUUAUUAAAUGUGUGUACAUAUCUAAAGGGGACUUCAUCGUCCACAUGUUUGUAUAUCAAGAAAUGGUGUGACUUUGCCUCUAAAUAUUUGUUAGCAGCUUUCAGCAAUGUACAAUCAUACUGUAUUUUAUGGGCUCGUGUAAAACAAUAACAAUACAUCAAUACUGACAUUAAUAUAUUCAUUGUUAAGAUAUUAAUUACAUUCUUUUCCCCUUUAGUUCAAACACAUCCUCCUAUCAACAUUACGCUCACUGUUGAUAAGGAUAAACCAAAUCUCUUGAUAAACUGGCUUCCACCACAAACUGCUGAUGUGAAAUCGGGAUGGGUAACCCUUCAAUAUGAACUAGAAAUAAAAUCUGAGAAAGACCAUGAUUGGGAUGUAAGUCGAGAGUUCUUGAUGAACCACUUCUAAUGCCAUCUUGUGAUUUUCAUUAAUGAAUUCUUAAUAGACUUGUGCAAAAAAUAGUUUAAGCCUGUUUUUCAAGUCAAAUUCUUUUUAAUUCACACCCAAAUGAAUCGAUUUUGUCCAGGAUUUACUUGUGGAGUCUUUUUCAAUUAAUAAGACUCCACAAGUAGAUCCUGUGUGAAUCAAUUUGUUCGGGUGUAGAUUAAUAGGAAGUGGAAUCGUAUCAACAGACUGCACAUGUCUAAUUCUUAAUGACCACAACUUCUGGUCUUGUCUGUUUCCACCAAGUAUGUCUUUGAAACAGAGUGUCAUUUCAAAUCAAUAAGGGUCCAUCUCUUGAAAUGAUGAGGCUAAUACCUUGGUUAAAACUUGAUCAUUUAUGAAAAUUCCACUAGAAAUCUUACUACUUAAUGUAAACCAUGAGUUUUUGCAUCAAAUGUAAUAUAAUUUAUAUAAUAUAUAAAAUGGCAUUCAUUUGUUUGAUAAAUAUAACACUAAACAUUUCCUUUCAAUAAUUCCUUUACAAUCUAGUUGGUUAUAUAUAACAAAAUGUCAGUCUUUAAAGGGAUCCUACAGUUCCAGGAAAACAAAGCCGUUUUUCUGACACUAUAGAUUUCUAAGGUGCCCCCCUCCCUUGCACCCUGCCCUCCCGCGGUGCUGGAGGCAUUAAAGUAAUUUACCUGAAUCCAGCGCCGGUGUGAAUCGGCGCUGGAUCAUGCUCUGCCAACGUCAGCUGGCAGGGGAGACCUAAUGCAUAUGCCCGGCAAUGACUGUGCUCGCAUUAGGAUGUCCCCAUAGGAAAGCAUUAAUCAAUGCUUUAAUAUGGGGAAAAAUCUGACGCUGGAGGUCCUCAUGCCGAGUGUGAGAACGUCCAGCGUCCGAUAACGGACCAAAGGUCCGUUUCGAUUCAGGAAGCCCUCUAGUGGCUGUCUGGUAGACAGCCACUGUGGGCAGACUUAGAGCUGUAAUGUAAACAAAGGGGAGACAGCACCCAUGAGAUUAAGUGGUCUGGGUGCCUACAGUGUCACUUUAAGGCAGUUCUACCACCUUCAAUAAUCUUAGCUUAUUGUAAAGCCCCCCCCCCCCAAAGGUUAUGUUUCCACUUUAUGUGAGGUUGGGAUAAGGGAGAAAGUAGUGCUACUUACCUGAAGUUUCCACUCAAGGGCACCAUCAUUUUCCUUCUUCUGCUCCUUGUGAUUAUUCUGCCACAAACUAUAUCUCUGCCAUACUGGCGCUGUACUCUUGUGCAAGCACAGAAGUACAACACUGAGGUCUAUGGAGGAUCCCACAAGACUUGCAUCUUUCAUAGCCCAACUCUCGCCAUAUGUGAGUAAAUGUCUUUUGUCAAGUUCUCUCGUUCUCACUGUUGCCCAUAAUACAAAGUUUUUGGGGAUUUUUUUUGUCUUAUGAAAUGUUUUGUUGCCAAUGGCAUCUGGGUGAAAUAUAGUGAAAUUAGAACAUAGUCAACAUGAAUAUAGGUCUAGCGGUGACUGAGCCACUAUAAUAUAGCUAAGGAUAAACCAUCCAUUUUCACAGUGUAGGCAAAUUUGCUAUGUCCUUGUCAAUUCCUGACAGUUCCUGGUUAAUUGAACAAUCGUACCAGAGAAUAAACCCCUAAGUAUGGAUUUCUUAUUUGAUAUUUGUUUUGCUUUUGUUUAAGAGUCGGGGUGUGCAUAAACAACUAUUUCUGAAGUUGGUCGGUUUAAUGCCUGGCGAUACAUACGUUGUCCGAGUUCGAUGCAAGCCAGACAAUGGACCUCUGUGGAGUGAAUGGAGUGAUGAGAUGUAUAUCACAAUGCCUGGAAGUGAGUACAUUUACUGCCCUACCCAUCACAGACCAUACUGUUAACUCCAACCACUCUCAUUUUCAUAUCCACAAUCCCUCUUCUAAUUUUCAACCUGUUUUAGCCAUUCACCAUAAUUUCUAUCCGGUAGGAGUCAGCUUAAAGUAGAACUGUCCCAUCUCUGGAAUUUACACCGUUCUAAAUAUUGCAAACCUAUUUUUCAAGAGAUGCUUUUUUUUUAUUAUUUUUUUAUUUAAUGAAAUUUUAAGAUUUAACACAUGACCCUUAUCUAGUCCACACAAGGCAAAGCCUGGGCAAACAUAAUAGAAAUAUAAUUUUUUGAAUUUCUCCUCUUCUCUGUAUCCUUUCUAAAUUCGGACUUCCAAAUGCAAAGGACAGAGCUCGUAAACAAUGAUUGACAAGGAGCUAAAAUUGAGGAACCAGAUUCCAGAAUAUGGCAAUGUGUAUUACCUUUAAGAUUAUUUUUUACACCUCACAAAAGCUUUAUAUAUUGUAGACUUUUGGCCUCGGAAAUAAAUCAUACGGCUUCCCAGAUUAAAAUAAACUAUAUACUUCACUAAAAUUAAAUACAUUCAUCCUAAAAUGAUUGUGGAUGAGUUUGUUUCGUUUUAUAAAACUCUCUAUAAUCUGAACUCAGAUCCAGCUCAGUACAAACCAACAAGUCGAUAUAUAUUUGACUUCCUAGACUGGGUAGAGUUGCCUCGGUUGUCCUGCGAAUGAGCAGAGGAUUUAGAUAUAUAGAAAAAAUGGUGUGUGGGAUAAAGUGCUUAGACAGUGCAGGCUAGCCACUCCAGAUAGGGGAUCACUCCCAAUUCCCCAAAGUUAUACAAAUGCACAAAAAGUAUAGUUCAAGAAUAUAUACCAAUGGGGGCGCCACAAUCACAAAACGUGCGUAUAAUUACCAUACAUUUUCAAUGAUGACCAUAUAAAAGAUAAAACAUAUAUGGUGAAGUAUUUAAUGGCACAGUUUAGAAGAUAAAAACAAAUAUGUACACUCACAAAGAUGAUGGCACAAAGAGACUUAUAUCUAAUUGUGCAAAGGUGCUUUUCAACCCCUCCUGGGUUAAGUCACCUUUAAAUACAGGUCCAAUAUCGAUGCCUUUAGAUGGUGAGUAGUCUCUUUCCAGGCAAGGAUAAAUGAUUAAAUGUAGAGUCUCUGGGGGGAUACUGGCAAGCUUCUCCGCUCAACGCGUUUCGUACCGAGGACUUUCUCAAGAGCUGUAAGUCCUCAGUUGUUCCGGCUUUUUAAAUCUUCAGAUUUGUGUGGCUUUUUCGCAUGCUAUUUGCCAAAGUAAUGGCUAACAGAAUAAGACUCCUGGCAUCUAUUCUAGUAUCUCCUGAAGACGCAGGGUUUGUUCCAGGGUGACAGGUUGAGGAUAAUACUCGGUGAGCCCUGAAUUAAUGACGUCUAACAAAAUGCCUGGCCUUGCUUUUGCCUUAGACGCAGAAAAGGCCUUUGAUCGUAUUCACUGGGGAUAUAUGAUUGCGGUCCUUAAAAAAUACCUCUUCCCAUGCAAAUUUUUGCAUGAGUUAUUGUCUUUAUAUUCUGUACCAUUAGCUAGGGUGUUGAAUGCAGGUUUUUUUUAUCCCAGAAUUUAAUUGCUAACGGCAUGAGGCAGGGUUGCCCCCUGUUGCCCUUGAUCUUUGUAUUAGCAUUAGAACCUUUUAUAUAUUGGAUUAAACAUAAGGACAUAGGUGUCCCUACACAAAAAGGCAACCAAAAAAAUUGCUGUAUUUGCAGAUGAUAUCCUUUUAUUCCUCCCCAAAGUCCGUAAUGGCACUCCAUUUUUUCCAUGUAUUUGUUUUUUUUCAUAGAGGUCACAUGUCCCAGUCCGUGCAAGAUUAUUGGCAGUUACUUUUCUUUUCUUUUUUUAUUCAAUUGUCUAAAGAGAUAAAUUGACUAUAGCUUGGGAAGACAAGGACAAUGUAUGUCUCUGUCCUGCCUUUAGAUUAAAGACUGAUCAAUAAAACACAGACACUAAUGCUAACCGACACUGCAUUUGGCUUCUGCUAACAGUCUUAUCUCAGCUACGUUGGUAUGAUACAGCACCAUGCUAAUUGCUGUAUCUGGUAAGCUGUCACAUUGUUCUAAAAUGGUUUGACAAAUUACUCUGGUCUUUUUCAGGAUACGUCUGUCACCAUAACCACUACAACAGGAUGUCAUGGUUAUGGUACUUAUGGUACCUUUAAAUGCACAUUCUUCCAUGAGAACCUGAUAUAAUAUAUUUUUUUUCUCUCUUUACCAGAAAAAGAUUUUACACUGUGGAUAUCAAUUGGUGUAUUGUCCUUUGUCAUCUGUUUGACAUUGAUCUGGACCAUGGCAUUAAAAGACUGCAGGUAAAUAUAAGCCAUCAUGCAGAAUUCAGCCGACAGCCUGUGAUAUUUAUAUCAGAUAGUGGUCUGGACAAGACAUCCGCUUAUAUAAUUUAGUAGGUCUAUGUUUGUAUGAUAGAUGAUGAGUAUAGAUGGCACUGAUCAAUAGACCACAGUAAGCAGUCUGUAUUGUGUGAACAUGUAAUUUAUUGCUUCAGGAGCAAAAUAUAUUUUUUUCAUCAUCUUUCUCUGAUGGUAAAAUCUCAGUUCAAUAACUGCUCACUUUGCAGCUUUUUUACAUCUUUAUAACUAGUUUUUAUAACAUGUAUACAGACGUCGGGAAUAAAUAGGAAGGUAAAUCAAUGCUCUUUCUUUAUUUUUAAUUUUUAUUUUAUUUUUUAUAUUUACUCUUUUUUUUUUUAUAAUGCCUUUUCUUAGUGUUCCUUGCCGUUCAGUUAUAAUCUAUUAUCAAAAUUAUUUUAAACUAUAAAAUUAAAAUUACGCAUGUCCAUGCCACUGUUAUUGUCGUGGCAACCAUCAGAAGCAUUAGGUGGAGUGUAAUUGAUUAGCACCCUACGGAGGGCCAACAACCUAGACCGCAGUGACCUAAAGAGUAAGAAGUCGUCACAGUCGUUGAUGUGCACUUCCUAAAUAUCAUUACCAGGUUGUUGAUGCCUGUACAAUAAUAAUUUCGCUAACAUAACUAAAAAGUUAUAAAUAUCAUUAUUUUAAACCUACACUAUAUUGCGAAAGUGAAAAUGCAUAUCAAAAAAGGACUUUGGAAAGUUUUCGUAAACCUAUAGAAUUUCAUUAAAAAGUUAUUUCCAUUUCUUUUUUCUUUUUCAGUUUGAUGGCCUGCAUUUUCCCACCUGUACCAGGACCUAAAAUUAUGGGGUUUGAUACACAGCUCCUUAAGGUAGUAACCGUUCAUAACUUAUGUUACUACAUACAUAUUUAUGAAAGGUCAAUGUUAUUUACCAAAGCUAAAAUGUUUUAUUAUGGAAACAAAAUCAUUGAUUGAUUUUUUUUAUUUUAUUUUUAUUUUUUUUUGCAGUCUGGGAAAUCUGAAGACCUCCUGAGUGCUCUAGGAUGCCAAGGAUUCCCACCGACAUCAGAUUGUGAAGAUUUACUGGUGGAAUUUGUAGAGGUCGAUGAGAGCAAAGAACAUCUGAUUACAAGUCAGGACAGAAGUCCACAAGGACAACAUAUAAAAGUCUGCCCUGUGGAUACAGAUAAUGACUCUGGAAGGGGAAGUUGUGAUAGCCCCUUUGCAUUUUCUGAGGCUUGCAAAGAACUUCGAGGUCUUCCACCAGAUGUGGACAGUGACAUCAAUGACCAUUCUGCAAGAAAAAAUCCAUGGCCACCUCAAAACGCUAUGAUGGGAAGACCUUGUAUAAACUUUGCAGAUAGCAAGUCUUAUGUUUGGCCAGAGAGUUCAAUAUGUGGUAGUCUGACACCAAGGUCAACCUACCACAAUAUAACAGAUGUUUGUAAGCUGGCCCUUGGGGCCAUGAACGCCAAUGUAUCUGCAUUUUUAAUGCCAAAUGAGGACAAAAUCCAGCCAAGAUACUUUAAAACAAUAGAGACCGUUGAUGAAAGCAAGCAGAGUGAGCUGAAAGAUAUGUAUUCCAAAGGUUCCGAACCAGACCAGAUGCACUUGCUGUCUAAUGAAAAUCCACCCUUUAUGUCUGCUAGAACAGUGGACUAUGUGGAGGUCCACAAAGUCAAUCAGAACAAUGCACUAGCACUCAUACCAAAACACAAAGAAAAUAGCAUCAGGACUGACCAAUUUUCUGCAUCAUUCCCCAACAGGGAAUACACAAGGGUGGAAAGAGUGGAAGGUAACAGUGUUUUUGUGUUAAUGCAGAAUCUAGAAAAUCAGGGAAAUUCUAUGAACAUUGAACCAAUGAAGGAAUACACUCAAAAGUCCCAGCAAAACCCAGCUGAAAAAAUCACUGGCUUUUACCCACCAGCUGUAAAUGAAGGCCGAAUUCAGACAAGUGGAUGCAUGGGUUAUAUGGAUCCUUCAAGCUUUUUAUCAUAAUAUAGUGAUAUCUUCGGUAUAUUUUGCUUAAUCAGACAAUGUUGCACAGUAAUACAAACACAAGGAAAGAUUAUUGGUAUUUAUGGGUAAAAAUUAUAUAUUUUUCUGUUUUAUUUGAUCAGACCAUCCUAUGCUUAUUACUUAACAAAUUUCCUGUUUUAUUUAAAGUAAAGGCAGAUCAAAUUAUUUAAUGUGAUUUUCUAUUUGUUUCUUCUCUGCUAUCUUAUAUUUUGUGAAUUUAUGUAAAAAAAAGUGUAUAUGCUGUAAAAGAAAGCAAUGUUAUGCUUAUGGAGUUAAAAGGCGGAUCCACAAAACUAGAGCAGAACAGGUUGUGAGUUUGUAUAUAUGUAUGUUGUCCCAAGCGUGUUUAAACAGUGGAUCAGAUUACUUCAACAUUAGCAGUCUCUUCAGCUGAGAAAAUGUUGUUCUGGUCGGUAUUCUCUGUCUGUACAAUUCAAAUGACCUCUCGUGUGAUAUUUACACAAAAAUCAGUUGCAUACUAAGCAGCUCACUCCUGACAUUAAAGGUCCACUAUAGGCACCCAGACCACUUCAGCUUAAUGAAGUGGUCUGGGUGCCAG